AUGGAUGAACUUGUACGAAUGAAUCAUUGGUUCUACGCUGUUUUCCAGAAGACAGUGAAGACCACCAAUGGAAAGGUGAUCGUGAAGUCCCACUUUCAUGACUCUGACUGCUUUGCCAUCCUCGUUGAGCUUGUCCAGGAUGCUCACUUGUCUGUAGCAGGUUCUCUGGAUCAUGUGGAAACACUCAAAUGGCUGACCAGUGUGCAAUACAGCCCAGAGGAGCAAGGUCCCGCAGUGGACUUCAUUGUCAAGUUUGACACAGUUGUUACCCGAUACAACGACGGCCAAGGAAACUCCAGUGAUAGGCUCACCGAUGGUAUACAGAAGCUGUUUUUACAGCGGGUCUUCACCGGUGUCACAACCUUGAACGAUAUUUCUGCACGUGAACAUGAGAGAGUAUGUUGCGAGGGGCAUCAUGCAUCGUUCACAUACGACGGAUACAAGGAGGUGCUACUGAAUGCCGCUACAUUCUUUGACAUCAACUGA